AUGAUUAAUGUUAGUUCAAUAUAUUUAAAUGGGUACGAUGGGGACGUGAAAUGGGAAUUCACGUCCCUUUUGUACCAUGAAAUGACCCACGUCUUCCAAUGGAAUGGCGAGGGUCAGGCACCUACAGGAUUAGUAGAAGGGGUUGCGGAUUAUACGAUACUAAGAGCUGAUUAUUAUCCACCUGCCUUUGCGAAGCCUGGGGAUGGUGAUAGAUGGGACCAAGGGUAUGAUUUCACGGCCCGUUUUCUUGAGUAUUGCGAUGGGAUCGUUUCGGGGUUUGUGGGAGAGCUUAACAAGAAGAUGAGAUAUUCUUUUGAUGUCAAGUAUUUUGAAGACUUGACUGGAAAGUCUGUCGAUCAACUUUGGAAUGAGUAUAAAGCCCAAUAUGGAAAUUGA